UUGGUUUCCCCCUCAUUGUUUGGUUUAACGUGACUUUGGGGAUUUUUUUUCAAUGGAAGCGGAGAGUCGUCGGAAAGUUGAGGACAUGGUGUUGGACAUACUGAAGAAAUCGAACAUAGAAGAAGCCACUGAAUUCAGCAUCCGAGUCGCUGCUUCCGAGCGCCUUGGCAUCGACCUCUCCCACUCCACCGGUAAACAACUCGUCAGAAACAUCGUUGAGUCUUAUCUUGUCUCCGUUGUGGCCAACGAAAAAUCCAAAAACACAGAGAAGAAGGAAGAUAUCCCCGCCAACGACGACGUACAGAAGAAGCACGAUGUUGUUGUUCCCGCCAAAGAAGGCACACAGGUGGCCAGAGUGACGAGGAAAGAUUCCGAGCGCGUUAUUUGCCAGCUGUCUAACAGGAGGAAUGUGGCGGUGAAAGCUUUCAAAGGGACAACACUGGUUUCAAUUAGGGAGUUCUAUGUCAAAGACGGAAAACUACUUCCUGGUUCUAAAGGGAUAAGUUUAUCUUCUGAACAAUGGUCAACCUUCAAGAAGAGUGUUCCUGCCAUAGAGGAAGCUAUCACAAAGAUGGAAGGGAGGAUACGAUUGGAGCAUAAUGGUAAGCAAAAUGGAGAUGCGUCAAAUGCAGUUGUUGAUGCUGCUCCUGUUGAGCCUGUCCCUACUGAGGUUGUUCAUUUUGAGGUCCCUAUUGAGGUCAUCCGUUUUGAUGGGAAGAAUUACCAAUUCUGGGCCCAGCAGAUGGAAUUACUCUUGAAACAAUUAAAGAUUGAAUAUGUGCUUACUGAACCAUGCCCAAACCUCACUGUAGAGGAAGGUGCAAGUGCUGAAAAAAUUGCUGCAGCCAAGGCGGCAGAAAGGAGAUGGCUCAAUGAUGAUUUAAUGUGUCAUCGCAAUAUCUUGAACCAUUUAUCUGAUCAUCUGUUCAAUCUGCAUGCGAACAGAAAAAUGAGUGCUAAAGAGUUGUGGGAAGAGUUAAAACUGGUUUAUCUGUACGAGGAAUUUGGAACCAAGAGAUCUCAAGUGAAAAAGUAUAUUGAAUUUCAGAUGGUUGAUGAGAAAGCAGUUAUGGAGCAAAUCCGAGAAUUAAAUGGCAUUGCAGAUUCUAUUGUUGCUGCUGGAAUGUUUCUUGAUGAUAACUUCCAUGUUAGUCUCAUCAUUUCAAAACUUCCACCAUCAUGGAAGGACUUCAGCAUCAAGUUAAUGCGUGAGGAGUAUCUACCAUUCUGGAAGUUAAUGGAACGUAUACAGAUAGAGGAAGAAUCUCGCAGUGGAGUAAAACAAGUGGGUGAACAUUACGACAGUGUAGGAUUUCACCUGGCCAAUAGAGGUGGACAGAGGAGGGUGGACAAUAGGCCACUGAGAAUGCCUAGGAACAGGUCAGAAAUUAAUACCAAGAGCAUACCUUGUAGUGUAUGUGGCAAGAAGGGACAUCUUUCUAAAAAUUGCUGGAGAAUAAAUGACAAACAAUCUAAUGAGAGGAAAGCAGAAGAGGCUGUGCAAAUACGUGUAGAAGUAGAUACUCUGGGUGCUACCCAGUAGCUGGUACUAACAUGCUUUUGUAUUUUGAACCAGGGCAUACACAAUCGUUACUUCUUUUUUGGCAGGAGGCAAGGAUGGCCAUUUUUGGGUACAGGGUUUGAUAUUUAUGUGGCACAUAACUGUCUCUAAAUUAUAGUAGUUGGUAAUAGCUUCUUUUAUUUUUGCCAUUUAGUAGCUAUAUCCGUGAUGAAUUUAAUUUAUGUCGAGCUAUUGGCUGAUUGAUUUAUUGCCCGCAUAGAUAACAUUCAAAAUUAUUUUUGAGGA